GUAGAGCAGGUCAGUAAUCACAGUGGGACAGCAGAGAUUGCGAGAAGGGAGGGCAGAAAAGGCGUGAGAGAGUGAGAGGAAGCUGGAGAUUCUGUCACUCUCAGCCUCAGACACCAAAGAGAGAACCAGAGAGAUUCACACUUGGUUUAUAGACCCGCAUCUGCUUCAAAUUGACCAUUGGGCAGUUCACUACAAGCUGCAGGUAGUUAAAUCGCUGCUGCGAUUUUAGUGCGCUUGCGCUUGGCAGCCUGGAUGCUAUGGACCCGCUGCUGCCCACAGAUCCAGAGAUGAUGGAGCGAGACGCGGACAAGGAUGCGCGGAGGAAGAUCCAGUUCUCCGUGCCCUCCUCCGUGGCUCUGCAGCUGGAUCCACGGCAGGUGGAGAUGAUUCGACGCCGGAGGCCAACACCUGCCACUCUCUUCAAACUGACAGACCCUCCAUCACCAGAGGAAGACAGCAGCUCUCAUCAGUGGGUUCUGGGUGAAAAUGGUGCCAUGAAAGCCAAACUGGUUCACAUGGCAACCUACCAGCCACCCUCACUUAAAGCUGUCCAGAUGAUGGCCGAGGCACACCUGAAGUCUCUUGACAGAGAAGAGCCCUCUUCUGGAGAGGAAGAGGAGCAACACAAUGAGGAGGAGAAGCAGCAGACAGCUUUAGCUACAAAUUCAAGAGAAGAAAGCAAACCACUCACAGGCAUUUGUGACCUGCUGGGAAGUUCAUCCGCAAGCGCUGUGCCCUUCAAAGAGGAGACCACAAAACUGGAGGAAGUAAAGGGAGAGUGACAAAAAGAAGUCAGAACUGACAGAGUGUUUGUUGAGAAGUCACCUGUGCAGCACAUGCAUGGACCUUUUCAUGGGUUUGUUGGGUGUUUUUACGGUCUUCAGGUGUGUGCACGCAUGCAGCGUUAUAGCUGAAUGUGGAAAAAAGAGCAGAGGAAAAACACAAUCAUUUAGGUAGAAUAUAAAUUAGCAGAUAUGGGCUAAAGUUUAACCUGAGACUUGUGAAAGAAAACACGUCUCAGCCAGCCGAGAAAGUUGGGCACAUGUUUCAGAUGCAGUAAAUGCGUUCUAUAAGAAAACAAUCAAAAUGUCAAAACAGGAAGGCUAUAUAAGAUUUUUAGUGUAGUACUUUUCUUUCUUGGCUAAAAAUUGUGAAUGGGGUCCUGAGGUUAAAAUGGUAGACACACCUGAUAUACCAAAGUGCAUAUAAAUAAAACUGACAUCUACAUCCACGUCAAUAAUCAUUAUAAGACGUAUAAAUGGUCAUAGAUUAUCUGAAUUUCACUCAUUUCACUCCGUGAGCCGUGAUGAAUGUUUGCACACAAGGUUGAUGAAAGAAAGAGGAUGGAUAACAGAUGAUCACAUCUGCACAGCUACCACAGUUAUGAUCAUGAGGACGAUUCCAACUGAUCAUGUUGAUGCAGCCAUGUUCAUCUGCUUUAAGAUUAUGAACAGGCUUUUGUAACACGGUGAUUAUAGCAAAUGUGAUCCGGUUGGGAAAGCAUAUUGAACUGCCACUAUCUGAAAGAAAUCUUACAUGGUUAAACUAAUAACCUGAAAAGAGUGAAUGGUCAUUUAUUAACCUGUAUAUAACUGAUGCAUUCAUUCUUAUUAAAACAAUUCAAACAGGUUGUUGCUUUCAGUGGGACUAAAUAUUAUAUCCAUAGAAAUUAUGCUGUAAAAUAUUUUAUUUCCCGCAUCAAACAUGCUAGAUAGUCCAGAAUAUUUUGACAUAGUUGUAUGCUGUUUGAAUUUGAUUACAAGCAAUAAUUCAGUUCAAUUCAUUCAUUCAACCCCAAUUCAUAGCCAAUGUCAUCUCAAGGCACUUUAUGGGAAACCAUAUCUAAUUUAUAAACAGAAGUAUAAAAUCAGUUCAAUCAUAAUACAGAUUCAGAUUCAAUUACCUACAUUCCAAUUCAAUGAUAGUUAUGCUGCAAAGUAGUCAAGUUCAUUUUGAAAUGCCAGCUGAAAAAAAACAUCCGUCUAAGGAAGAGCCAGCCAAUUGGGUUGACGCGUUAAUUUUCACCAGUCCCUCGUCCUCAAUCAUUUAUAAACCCAUAAAAUCCCACCCCUUUGUCAAAGAGCAAAGUUUUGAUUGGAUGGAAAACAGAGCAUGUGCAGUUAGUGACCAGAGUAGCUACUUUAAUGGUUUUUAUCCAUUAUAUAGAUAGGUUUAUAAACUGAAAGGCAGACCCAGGGGAAUCAAAUCUACCUGUUGAGAGAGAACAUGGAGUUACUGGCAGAAAGGUGGCAGUUCAACACAGAAACACUGAGUCUGGUUUAGUUUCCACAGAGAGAACAGACUGAGAGACAACAUAAUUUUAAUCACAGCAAUAUUUGCAGAGAUAAUGCAUAAUUGGAGAGUAGUAUAAGAAUGUAGCAGAGUGAGGAAGAGCACCACUACAAUAGAAUACUCCAAGAGAAGAGAUUUCAAUACUUAAAACACAUUGAGCCAAGUCAAAGAUCCUUGAAACAAGAGUCUUUACUUUUAUUUUUAUUUUCCUGCUAUAAAAUAUGCCUAGUACUUUCCUUUCAGUUAAAACUUGUUUAAAGUUACAAUUAAUAAUAUUAAAUAUCAAUAAAGACAUGUUUAAUUUCGUAAUCAUCCAACACAGAGCUUUAAAUGUCAAUAUCUCAGAUGGUGAACGUUACAAGAGGUCUAGCAUACAUUAAAUGCUUCUUUAGAAAGAAACUGAACUUUCUCUUAUUUCUUCUUGAUUACAUUUCACAUCUCAUCAAAAAUGCUUCUCCAGUUUUCAUCAUGGCCUAGGAGUUCCCAGCUCAUAUAUAAUCUGUAGGAUGACGACGAUUAUAUGGUCAUUAAGAUCGCUUAAAUCAAUGACGUACCAAUGUUUUGAUGAUUUAAGUGUGACAAAAAUGUCAAACCAAAAAAAAAAAAAAACUAGAGCGGCAAAUACUUUAUUUCAGCAGGUCAUGCUGCACGUUUGACCCCCCUAGGUGGUUCUACAGUCACGGACGCCUUGAAACGUGACUGUAACACCUCACAUAUUUGCCUCAUUAUGGAACUCAGGACAGAAUGGGUCGAAUAACUUAUGUGUCUUAAUGUUCCCAAAACAACGUAUAUGCCUGAAAAUCCAAACCCAUUAGGCAAUCUGAAGAAUCCUUUCAGAUAAGAGGUGAAAAGUCUAUAAGAACCAACACAAGUGGCCCAUUUACUUUCUAAGUUACUUUCUACAUGUAUUCCAGCACUUUAGGAUUGUGUAUGUACUGACUGAGAAUCUAUACCAGCACACUUUCCUUUAGGCAGGAAUACACUUGGUUUACUCUUUUCAAGAGGUGGAACAGGAGUGACCACCUCAAGAACAAUAACCAGCUAGCUUUUAGUCCUUAUUGUUGAGACACUCAAGUGGCUGUAAGGUGACACCUAGUGUUCAAUUUAUCUAAUUACACAACACACAACAUCACACUAGAAAUUGAGAGAACUUUCACCACAGAGUAAUACAAACUUUUUUAUUUUUGCACUAAAUUUGAUUUUCUCAGUAUUUUCACACUGAUGUUAUUUGGAUAUAUUGAUAAAAAUAUAAGCAACAUAUUAAUGUAAUUAAAGAGGAUGAAACGGACACUGCUUUUAUUUGUAUUUUUACAAGGAUAAAAUGCAGAAUAGAUAGAUCCAACUCCAGCUCACAGAGUAUUAACAUAUGACAGAAAAUGUCACAAAAUAUGAGAGCUUCCUGUGUUAACGUUCACAAUCAUAAAGCUGUAGUAGCCGCACAUCACCAGCAGGGAUCAGUCUUUAACUGUGUUCCUCAGUUAAAAACUGAUGUAACAUAAAGCAUUUAGCUUAUAAAGUCCUUUAAAAGUUACAUGGAUUAUCCUGCUCUCCUACUUCAGAAAAGGAAAAUAAAGAAAGAAAUGUUUACAUUGA